CUUAUACUUCUUCCUGCGAGCAUUAUCUGCUUCUCGUCCUCUGGACAGAACGGCGCACCUCCUUCCACCUUUGGCUUCUCCUUCCUUUUCAAGUGACCAUCUCUUCCGACGGCAUGAGCUCCUUUUGUAAACCGAGAUCUUGCUCUCCGCAUCGCAUGUCGUCUUUCAGCUAGGUUCGGCACGACAGUGACGUCGCACGCGAGGCUCACUUCCCUUCCUCUUCGAAGUCAGUCGGUUCUCCUCCUUCACGCGCGCCGACACAACUUAGCGCCGGCUUUGACAACCUCAGGCGAACCCACAGCAGUGGUGACGUCGUCUUCUCUCGCAAGCACCCGCACAGCAUGACGACGCUUCUAGCCCCAGGAUGGAUUGACAGCAAGAGUGUCAUAAAAGAAUGACAUCGGUUGCGGCGAUUGUCAUAUUGCUAUUGGAGUACUGCCGCUCUUUCAUUCCUCGAACACCACGCAUGACGUCCUCCUUUGUUGGGGAUAAAUGGAAACACGAACUCCGGGAUUUCAAGGACCUUCCGAGUUGUGUUGUGUUACUGCAGACUACAGACUCCCUUACUCACGUCACGUUAGACUCACAACUACGGGAGACAGUUCUACAGUUGUCGCAGAGACGUUUUGUGAGUUGUGAUGCUGCAUGGUCAAACAAGCCGAGCAAUUAUCAGCGCUCCAACAAAAUCCGCAGUUCGACAUUUCCCUACAUUCAUUCUCACACAGGUGCAGCAUAAUGGCUAUGACAACUCUUAUGGUAUCCUGGAAAAAAAAGUCACCCAGGCAAUGCUCGAUUUGCAGAGCAUGGAGGAUAGUUCACUUUCUCUAGAAGAGAGAGAAAGAAACCAUUUUGAUCUGUAUAUGAAACACCUAGAAUGCUGUCUACUUUGUCAUCCAGGUUUAUGGUAUUCAUUUCUCACUACAUACAAUUUGGAAUAUCCUGUAAAAAGAACCAGAGAGGUAAUCAAUCAGAAUAUUACAAGUACUACGAGUCCAGAGGAUGUUCUAGACCUCGCUAAACGAGCCUUAAUGGCUUGUCAAGAUGCUGCAUUAUUAGCAGACAAAUCUAAUAUCUUCUUACACGAGCUUGUAGACAAAACUUUGGUUCCAAGAGAAUCUGUCGCUGAAAGUAUGGUAGGGUUAAAGGAAGCAGUGAGAUCAAAGAAGUUUUUGGAGAGGAAGUCUAAGAAAAGGAAAGAAUUGAAAAAGUCAAACAGUAGUGCUAUUGAGACUUCCGCAGCCAUGGGAACUGAUAAAGUCAAGAGGAUAGAGAAAACAUUUGACAAUAAAGACCCUCUAAGAUUGUUUUUGUGGGGUCCUGAGACAAAGAAGCUAUUAACAAUCGCAGAAGAGAAGGAUUUAAUUGCUCGGAUACAGGAUCUUAUGGGAGUAGAUGCAAUUAAAAAAAAGCUUCACAUGCAGUUUGGCCGUGAGCCAACACUGAUGGAGUGGGCUGAAUCUGUUGGAAUGAGCUUCCAUGAUUUGCAGUCCUGUAUUUCUUCAGGAAUCAACAGUCGGAACAAAGUACUUUAUGCUAAUUUUCGCCUUGUUAUCCAUAUUGCCAAGCAGUAUGAAGGGAAGGGGCUUGACUUUCAGGAUCUACUCCAGGUAGGAAGUAUGGGGUUGAUGAAGAGCUUGGAGAAGUUCAAGCCCCAAAUUGGUUGCAGAUUCUCAACCUAUGCUUAUUGGUGGAUACGCCAAUCAAUCAGGAAAGCCAUUUUUCAGCAUUCUCGAACAAUCCGCUUGCCAGAAAACGUGUUUGCAGAGCUGAAAAGAAUUAAAGAUGCGAAGAGAAUUUUCUUACAGGAAGGCCAAACUCCUACAAGUGAAGAACUGGCUAAACGAGCUGGCAUGCAUGUCGGCAAAUUAGAGAACUUGUUGAAGAUGUCAAGAAAUCCCAUUUCAAUCCAAGCUCAUACUUGGACUGACCAGGAAAUAACUUUACAGGAGAUCACCGCAGACCCUGAGAUCGAAACGCCGAAGAUCAUCGUUGAGAAGCAAAUGAUGAGACAGCAUGUACAGAGCCUUCUUGGAGUUCUGAGUCCCAGGGAGAGGAAAUUAAUAAGGCUCAGAUUUGGGAUCCAGUACAGUGAACCAAAAUCUCUUCAACAAAUAGGUGACAUGUUUGGGAUAUCUAAAGAAAGAGUCAGGCAAUUGGAAUGCCAGGCUCUGAACAAGAUGAGAGCAUGUUGCACAAGCUUGGGGUUUAGGGCAUAUGCAGAAUUGUUAAUGUGAGUGAUUCUGGAAUUCUAUUUUUACUUCAUAAUCUUCAUUUUGUUUUACUUGUUUACUUAAGAUGUACUAUUUCUAAUUGAGUGUAUAUACAUUUUUUAGUUGUAUCUAAAUUUGGGGGUCUACUAAUUUUAUCUUAGGUUG